AUGGAACUGCCCGCGGUGAACCUGAAGGCGAUCCUGCUGGUUCACUGGCUGCUGACUACCUGGGGCGGCAUCACAUUCUCAGACAGCUAUGUCUGGGCAAAUUACGCCAUCUUGGCCUUGGGCGUGUGGGCUAUUGCUCAGAGGGACUCCAUCGACGCCAUAAGCAUGUUUCUCGGUGGCUUGGUGGUCACCAUCUUCCUGGACAUCAUCCAUAUUAGCAUCUUCUACCCUCUGGUAGUCUCCACCGACUCGGCCCGCUUUGGGGCUGGCAUGGCCAUCCUCAGCCUGCUGCUCAAGCCUUUCUCCUGCUGCCUCGUCUACCAAAUGUACCGGGAGCGUGGGGGCGAGCUCCUGCUCCAUGUCGGUUUCCUGGGACCCUCGUCCUCACAGGAACGUGGUGCAUACCAGACAAUUGGCGAACAGGAAGUGCCCAGCGACCCCUUUGCAGGUCCAGAAAGCAGGAAUCAGAUGCUGCUCUACAUGGGCCUCAGACAAGCCAUGCCCAAGCCUGGCAGCGUCAAGUCCCAGGAGCCGAGCGGUGUAGGGAUGAGGCAUCAGUGUUUCUGA